AUGUUGUUAUUAUUUCAGUGGCCAUACUGCAGGCAGAUUUGUUCAUUUUGUAAUUUCAACAAAUACAUUAGUAAAAAUGUAGACCACUAUCGCAUGAGAAAAUGCCUUGUAACUGAAACAGAAAACUUAUUGAAAUUAUCUGGUGUGAAAAAGAUUACCUCAGUCUACUUUGGAGGAGGAACACCAAGUCUGGCAGAACCUUUAACAAUUUCUUCAGUACUUGAAGCUGUUUCAACAAUUUGUUAUUUGCCUUCUGAGGCAGAGGUGACACUUGAAGCUAACCCCACUUCGGCUGAAACUGACAAACUCGGUCACUUUCUUGUGGCUGGAAUCAAUCGUGUUUCCCUUGGAGUCCAGGCCUUCAAUACAAGAGAUUUGCUUCUCUUGGGGAGAGAUAAUACCAUUAAAGACUCAUGGAAAGCAUUACAGGCUGCAAGGUCCAUAUUUCCAGGAAAAGUAUCAGUUGAUUUGAUGUUUGGACGUCCACAGCAAACAGUGGAUGAUUGGUACAAGGAGUUGUUAAAAGCAUUAUCUGUGUGUGAUGACCAUAUUUCAUUGUAUCAGCUGACUCUGGAAAGAGGCACACCACUCUACAAAAAUGUCACAUCAGGAAAAGUGUCACUUCCUGAUUCUGAUUUGGCUGCUGAAAUGUAUCAGUUGGCUGUGGAGACCCUGACUGCAAAUGGGUUCCACAGAUAUGAGGUUGCCAACUUUGCAAAAACAGUCCAGGGUGCAGAAAGCAGACAUAACCUUUCAUACUGGUAUGGAUCACAGUACGUUGGAGUGGGACCAGGUGCUCAUGGCAGAUUUAUACCUUUUGGAAAUGGCAAUGGAUUGAGGCAGGCAAGAGUGCAGACGCUAGAACCAAACCAAUGGAUGACAGAGGUUGAAACAAGAGGGCAUGGGACUAGAAAAGAAGUAAUGCAAACAAAAUUUGAGAUACUAGAAGAAGUUCUUAUGAUGAGUUUGAGGACUGCUGAUGGUCUUAGUUCUGAGUGUUUGUUCACGGUGCAGAAUUGGAAAAUCGUCGCCCCGUUUGGUUUGUCUUUAUAUGAUGCAUUCAAAGAUAAUCAGGAUGUCAAGGAUCUCAUUCAAGAUGGCCUCCUGUGCUUAACAAAAAAAGGCAUCAAAGCUACCCACAGAGGCCUGUCUGUUGUGGAUAGCAUCGUUUCGACAUUAUUAUUACAUCUUGAUGGAAUAAAUAGGACUGUUCAAAAAUCGGAAACGUACUGAAAAAAAAAAAAAACAGAAACCUGGAAAUUUGGAAAAUAUUUGAAAAAAAGUUAUGGUCAAAAAUGAUAUUCAUAGAGGUGACAAGGAAUGAAUUUGAAGCUAUUUUAUGUCGGCGUUUUUCCCUUUUUCAAUGGCUAUUUUUUUUUUAAUGUAGAUACCUCGCUGUAUGUGAUCGAUCCAAUAUCGAUAAGUUAAAAAAAUAAACUUUAUGAACUUUGUUAAGCUUUGUUGGUUUUAUUUUCCUCUCCUGAGUUGGCUCUUGUCUUAUACCAAGACAUCAAACUACAAAGUAGCUUUUAACGAGAAGUGCUGAGACUCUAUACUCUUCUCUUUUUUAUUCUCUCCUACUACAACGCAUCAGAUCUUUUCUUCUUCUACUACUCAGCGAGGAGUGCCCACGUGUUAAAUACAAAAAUCACAGACAUGUUUGGGUUAGCUGACCGUGAGAGUUUCCUUAGUGUAUCCGUUUAUUUUGCAAAAAGGGGAAAACUCGUUGGCCCUCACCGAAGCAAUUUGACGGGCGCCAAGGAACCAAUUGAACGUUAACAGCUGCGUACAGGAAUCGCGCACGCAAACCAAUUGAACGCCAACAGCUGCACACAGAAUUGCGCACGUAAACAGGAACUUCAGUGAGGAUAGAACUCAAGGUUAACUUUACCAACGUAAACACGACUACCUGUGAAACUGUCUAAUUGUCUAAAUGUCUAACACGGCCUAAGGUAACAAGGAAAUCUGCGAGCUGAGCCAAAAAAAUAUAAAUCUACCAAACAACACGUAAGCGCAAAAGGCAAGGCUUAACAAAACAAAAUGCUUAACUAGAAAAGUCUCAAAACAACAACUUUCAAUUCACCUCACAACAAUACGAUUAAAUCUUGGGCAAAUAAAAUUAGUGUUGUUAUA